AUGUCACGCGUUUCAAGGAGUGAAGUCCAUCACUUCAGUCCUGUCCCUAAUUCGUCUGACCCGAGUAGUAACUCAGAGACUCCCUGUACAGUUCUUCCUAUCGCAAGCACAGUGCGACAGACCUCGCCAGAGGUAAAAGUGGAUAUGGAAACGGGAGAAGAUGCCGCUGUUUCCCAAGCAAGCCACGUCUCAAGUGGGAGUGAGACAAACGGUUUGCAUGCAACCAAUGACCCCACACAAUAUCAAGGGCUAAACAGAGAUUCAACGCAGCAGAGCAGCGACCACGCUUCGCCUGCCACAACGCUUAAUAUGCCACGCCUUAAUUUUUUUUGGCUCAAGAAGGAGCCACCUCGCACGACAUGUCUACCUCAUGACAGGGAUUUUUCGAGCGAGAGCAGUGAAGAUUUUGGUUUCAGGCAAGAAGGAAAUGCCCUCCACGGCACUCCAGUGGAUGAACGCUGCCGUGAGGUUAUCAAUGACUUAACACAGACCCAAUCAGGGGAUAUUGAAGGUACCAGGAUUGCCAUCAGCAACAGAACAAGCUCACCAUCUCUUUCAGAGAGUCCAAAUGACUCUGCCCAAGCGUCCGAGGGAAACAGCCUAAGCAUUGCUGCAAGACUUCAACAAGACCCGCUGGUUUUGCCGAGCCUGAGCAGUGAUAAGGAAUUGCAGAGCGACGCAGAACUCUCUCCAUUGUCGCAGGCAUUACAUUUUCUUCAGUCCAGUCACGCACAACAUACAUCUUCCCAACCAAAUGUUCCUCCACCCUAUUCCAAGGCACAACUUCCAAGGAUUCCGAAGCCUACAACUGUUGCUAGGCUCGAUGUACGCGUACACCCCGAAGAUCCGGCACAAGCUUACAAACAAAGCUCUUCACCUACACCAACACCACCAAUAGAGCAAACGACAGCAGCAGAUAAAAGGGCAAGUUCCGCAACCUUGCCAAUCAUGGCCUGCGAAGCCGUUCAAUCCGAAACUGGGGACACAAGCAAGCUGAAGGCUUUAGAGGGUGUGAGCAAGGCGAAGACAGCAGGGCCUCCUCCUGCACGACCGCCACCCAAAGCUACUGCACCACAAACAUCCGACACUGCAAGUA